AUGUCCGAAGGCAUCGUCGAGGGCGCCCAGCCCCAGCAGAAGCCCGCUGCCGACGCAAAGGAGCAAAAGGACCAGAAGAAGGCACAGAAGUCCCAGGCCAAGCAAAAGAAGGAGCCCAAGGUCGCACAGGGCGGUGGAAAGAAGAAGAUGGAGGGCGCUGCUCUGAUCGGUAUCGAUGUGGCCAAGGAGGACGACCUUUCCGAAUGGUACCAGCAGGUCAUCACCAAGGGCGAGAUGCUCGAAUUUACCGACGUCCCCGGCUGCUACAUCUACGAACCCGGUUCCUACGGCAUCUACGAGCGCAUCCAGGACUUCUUCAACGCUCGUAUCAGAAAGAUGGGUGUCCGCAACUGCUACUUCCCCCUGUUCAUCUCCGAGGCCAACUUGCAGCGUGAGAAGGAUCACAUCGAGGGUUUCGCUGCUGAGGUCGCUUGGGUUACUGAGGGUGGUAAGAACAAGCUGGAGAAGAAGCUCGCCGUUCGUCCCACAUCAGAGACUGCCAUGUAUGGCUACUUCUCAAAGAAGAUUCGCUCUCACCGCGAUCUUCCCCUCAAGCUCAACCAGUGGAACAACGUCGUCCGUUGGGAGUUCAAGCACCCCAUGCCCUUCAUCCGUUCGCGCGAGUUCUUGUGGCAGGAGGGUCACACCGCUCACAUGACUGAGGAGGAUGCUGGCAAGGAGGUUCUCCAGAUUCUCGACUACUACGAGGCUAUCUACCAUGAGUUGUUGGCUGUUCCUGUCGUCAAGGGUCGCAAGACCGUUGCUGAGCAGUUCCCCGGUGCCCACUACACCACCACCGUCGAAGGUUUCAUCCCCUCAACAGGCCGCGGUAUCCAGGCUGGUACCUCUCACUGCUUGGGUCAGCACUUCGCCAAGAUGUUCGACAUCACCGUCGAGGACCCCCACGCUAAGGAAGGCGAGAAGAAGGAGAAGUUGCACGUCUGGCAAAACUCAUGGGGUCUCACUACCCGUUCCAUCGGUAUCAUGAUUCUUACCCACGGUGACAACAAGGGUCUGGUCAUUCCUCCCCGCGUCGCUGAGAUCCAGGCUAUCAUCGUUCCCGUCGGUAUCACCGCAAAGACCACCCCUGAGGAACGCGAGAAGCACUACGCUGAGACCAACGCCAUCAAGGAGGUUCUGCUCGAGGCCGGCGUCCGCGCCGAGACAGACAUGCGCGACGACCAGAGCCCCGGCUGGAAAUUCAACCAUUGGGAACUCAAGGGUGUUCCCCUCCGUAUCGAGUUCGGCCCCAAGGACAGCGCCAAGCACGUCGUCACCGUCGCCCGCCGUGACCAGCUCGCCGCCGGCAAGAGCGAGAUCCCCAUCGCCGACCUCGGCAAGGACGUCCCUGCCCUGCUCGAGACCAUCCAGGGCGACAUGUUCCGCAAGGCUUCUGACGAGUUCCGCGAGCACCGCAAGAUCAUCACAAAGUGGGAGGACUUUGUCCCUGCCCUCAACACAAAGAACACCUGUAUCAUUCCCCACUGCUUGGUUCCCGACUGCGAGGACGAGAUCAAGGAGCUCAGUUCGGGCAAGAUCGAGGGUCAGGAGGUUGAUGCUCGUGCUCCCUCUAUGGGUGCCAAGUCGUUGUGCAUUCCCUUCGACCAGCCCGCCGAGGGACUCGUCCACGGCGAGACUAAGUGCACCAACCCCAAGUGUGAGCGCAAGGCUGAGAAGUGGGUCAUGUUCGGUCGCAGCUACUAA